AUGAGUGCCGACCAACUUACCGAAGAGCAAAUCGCCGAAUUCAAGGAAGCAUUCUCAUUAUUCGACAAGGAUGGUGAUGGUACUAUUACUACCAAAGAAUUGGGAACUGUCAUGAGAUCAUUGGGACAGAAUCCAACUGAAGCCGAACUACAAGAUAUGAUUAACGAAGUCGAUGCUGACGGUAACGGAACUAUCGACUUCCCUGAAUUCUUAACGAUGAUGGCUAGAAAGAUGAAAGACACAGACUCUGAAGAAGAAAUCAAGGAAGCUUUCAAGGUCUUUGACAAGGACGGCAAUGGUUUCAUCUCUGCUGCUGAACUCCGUCACGUCAUGACGAAUCUGGGAGAAAAGCUCACCGACGAAGAAGUUGAUGAAAUGAUCCGUGAAGCUGAUGUAGAUGGUGAUGGUCAAAUCAACUAUGAAGAAUUUGUCAAGAUGAUGAUGAGCAAAUAA